UUCGAAAAAUUUUAACGAUAUCUGUUGAUGACACAGGCUCUAUUUAAGAGACAAGAGUCUGGGUAGUGGACAAGUUCGUAGUUAUUCUUAUUGGUGUCAAGAUGAUCAUGAAGACUUUUGCCGGUUUAGUAGUAAUCUCCAUUGCCAUAUAUUAUGUGGAAUCCGCAAAACUGAGCUUCGCUCACAGAAACCCUCCCCACCCAGACUGCAGAGAGCAUACCAAAUACAUAACCGAGGAACAAGUUAAUCAGUUGAACAAAGGUUUCUACCCUGACAGUCCAGUGAUCAGGCAGCAUAUCCUCUGCAUCUGGAAAGAAAAAGGUGUGAUGAACGAAUCCGGAAACUUACAACCUGAAGUGAUUAAGACCAAGCUGGGAAGCCUCCUCCCUCAAAACGACCAAGCCAAACAGCAGGUACAAGGUUGUAUUGUAAAGAAGAGCAAUCCAGCUGAAACUGCCUACGCCUUCUACCAGUGUGUCUCCCCACUCCUUGCUAAAUACAACAAUUGAAUGCAUUCUCGACUUUGACUUUAUUGUGAUUCGAAUAUAGAUUAGGAAAUU